CCUUCCCACAAAGGACUUAAUCCAUAUCUAGAGGCUCUCUUAACCUUCUGCUAGACGGUGUUCGAAAUGUUCAUCUCAGCUUAAAGAAAGAAACAGAGAUAGAAGUACCACGGAACAAAUAUUGACAGUACUGAUUUCCCCGUCUCCAUGUCUAUCCUACGUCCUGCAUGCAGACUGUUCUCCCCAGUCGGUAACUUUGUUUCUGUUUGUCCUUCCCGAUUCGCGCGGCCACUCACACAUGUCUGCCAUCCACCCACCAGUCAAUUUCCACCAUACACCUCACGCGUGAUUCUGUUAAAUUUUCAUCCCAGUCCGUUUUUCUAUCCGGCGAGAAACACUUUUCGACACAAUGUUAUACCUUGCUGGACGACAAAGCGACCUUUUUCUACCGACCCGAGUGAACAAGAAAAGGAAAUAGCUGAAAAGAAAACCAGUUUAAUGCAACGAUUUAAAGAAUCCUAUGCCAUUUAUGGCAAAGUGCUGCUUAUCGUGCAUGGCAUUGGCUCAUGUUUUUGGUUUGCUGCUGCCUAUCUUGUCGCCAAAACCGGCAUAAACUUAUUGGAAUUAUUUGAAGCUGCACAUUUCCCAGAAUGGAUGUGCCGGCCUUUGCGCAUGGGUGGUGGAUCCGUGAACACCGUGGCGACCGCAUUGGUGUUGUACAAAGUGGUUUCACCACUCCGUUAUGGUCUUACCCUGGUGAUUGCUCGUUACACCGUGCAUUAUUUACGUGCCAAAGGGAAAGCUCCACAACUGACAGAUCAGGAUAGGUUACGGAAUCUGGCUCGUGAAGGUGCUCGGCUUUCUGGAGAACGAGUCAAAUACAGGCUUUCCAAGAGUCGUAAGGCAGCCAUUGCCUUUUCAAAAAGUGCCGGGCGAACAUUGACCACGAAGGGUCGUCGGUAAUGGCCGAUAUACUAUCAGUGUGGAUUGCUGCAGUACGCUUCUCUAAACAGCUUUGUGAUUCGACGGUUCGUUUUCACCUCUUCACCUGUUUGGUUGCUUUCAUGUACAUAGUUUUUUGUCGUUUAUGGAAUAAAACAUACACUUUGACGCCUAG